AUGCAGGAAGUGUUCUCAGUGGCGGUCAGAUGUAACAAUGCCAAUCCAUCGCUAUGGACAGCUUUUUUUGGGUCAGUUAUUGUAGGAGAAGGUACAUCAAGAACCAUUGAACGAAUUAUCACUCAUCCCAAUUUCAGCAUUCCAGGUCUAUUUAAUAAUGACAUUGCAGUGCUGGAGCUUUCCUCUCCUCUUACGUUCACUGACUUCAUACGGCCAAUUUGUCUUCCAUCGAGUUCCCACGUCUUUCGUGAUGGUCAGACCUGUACAGUUACAGGAUGGGGGACCCUUUCAUAUCAAGGUGAUUUUCCAACAAUUCUUCAGAAAGCUGAUGUAAAUAUUGUCAGCAAUGAUGCAUGCAUACGUGCCUAUGGAAAUUUAAUUUCCAACAAAAUGCUGUGCGCUGGAAUCUUGGCAGGAGGAAUUGAUGCUUGCCAGGGUGACUCGGGAGGUCCACUGGUCUGUGAGGAAUCCAGUGGGACAUGGCUUCUUGCUGGAAUUGUAAGCUUUGGGGAUGGAUGUGCUCAACCUGAUACACCUGGAGUUUACUCUCAUGUUACAGCUCUUAGAGACUGGGUACUGCAGGAGACCGGUAUAUAAACAACAAUAACCUACAGCUGGGAUGUUUUCGAAAAUUGCGCCAAGAGUUUUUCAAGAACUCCUUCUCAAAGUGCACUAUAGCUUCUAACAGUAUUUCACAUUGACUGCUUGGAUCUGAAUUCACCUUUCUAAAUGUCCAGACUUGAAAUGGGAUCCAACUUUGUUGAUAUUUCCAGUAUGCGUUCAUGAAUGUGAAUGACUUAAUUUAUAAGUAAAGUUUAAAGAGCAUUUUCACUUGGGGAAGAGGAAGAAGCAUUGAACCCACAACAGUCCUCGUUGUAUCAAGUUCAUGUUGAAAUUCAGAAUGCACUGUGUGACUUGCAUCAUUCAAUUAAUUUUGUGUACAGUGUUUUAAUCUUUUGUGUUCAUCAGUCCAAGUGAGGUUGUUGUUAAUCUGUGACAAUGAUCUGCAACUUCAAGGACCAGCAUUUGAAUCCAGCUGAACCUUAUAGGCUGGAAGAAAGUCCCUCAGCCUGCUGCCUUGUGAGAACUGUGUGAAAUAUUUGGGACGUUUCAUUCUGCCUCAUAGUGGAUGUGAACCCACAUCACAAAACCAUCCUAAAAGCUACAGCACAAAACAAACCCUAAAUCUGCACAAAAUUAGCAAUUUCAAGGGCUACAGGAUGCCUGGUGUUGGUAAUGGAAAUAGAAAAUGUCUUCAGUUCUUUCUGGGUGUAAUUCCACAGCACUAAACUGAGCACAAUUCAGCACAAAUUGCUACUGUAAAUAAGCAAUAGUUCAAAUGCAGGUUUGAGCCACUCGCCUAUGGAUUAACAGGAUUUAAAACCUUACAGGUGCCCUCAAUGUAAUUUAACAAUUGAAAGCCCUUGCAGUGAUUGUAUAGUUAACCAAGUAAAUACACAAUUAGGGGUAGCUGUAUAUGAAUCCGAUUAGCUCAUGGGCUAUUAGCCAAACCCACAUUUUAGAUCCCCUUAUAAUGGAAGCCAUGAGGGUGGCUGAUAUGCGAAGUAGAAAGUUUCAUAUGUUGUGCAGUAAUGGCUGGGAUUGGGGUAUGCUGUCAAGAUGGGGGAUAGACUAAUACGUGGCAUACAUUCACUGAUGGUAUUUAACAUUGACACUGGGUAUGCAAAUUGGAAAAGUACUCCAUUUCUCACUCCUGACAUUCUUCACCUAACAAAUGCAGAAAACUCGCCAAAUAAAAUUUAUCAUAAAAUUAUACUGAACUUCAGUAUCAGGAAUACAAAAAGAAUUGAAGCUUUAACAUUUCUUUCAAUGUAUUGUAGAUAUUUUAACUUGAAUUUUAUUGAAGUUUCAUGUUUAAUAGAAAUAAAU